ACUUUGGCCGCCGCGUCUCGAGACACCUGCGGUCCGCUCUAUUCGUUGCGCUUCGUCUAGCUGAACGGCCCCUAACGCGGCAUACCGUUGAGUAGAGCAUUAUAAAACUCUUUUAAGUUACAGCCAAGACUUUAAGAAGAUCCAAUGUCCUUUACAGUGUUGAUCUAUGUAUCAUCUUUCACGUGCACAAAAACAUCAAAGUGCGCUCACCUGCAGCGCAUCAGGAUCACUUUACCUGAGCCGUAUCAUUUGCAUUAUAGUAACGGGCUGUUGUGAAAGUAGCGUUUCUAUGCAUAUAGCUCAUAUAUGUAUUUUUAAGUCUGUGCUUUGUGUAUAGCAGUUUUAAAGACGGAUCUGAAGCCAUAUGAAUGUGUUAGAGGGAGAUGGACUGUUAUCUGUAAUCUUCAGGUAACUGAGCCGCUGGCCAACACUGUCCUGCUUUCAGCUUUAGAACAUGACUUUCUACGAUGGCAUUUACCCCUUCUACCCGCUACAAAGGAGCCCGUUCAUCAUCGACAUCAGCCUGCUGGUGGUGAUCCUGGUUUUCUCGGUUCUGGCUGUCAGUUUCCUGCUCAUUCUGCCGGGAAUACGUGGAAAAUCGAGACUGCUCUGGAUGUUCAGGAUAAUCAUUAGUAUAUUUACUGGAGUUGUUUUAGUCGUGCUGAAUUUUACUGGGGACUGGGCUGAAGCCAGCAUAAGGGCCAAUGCUACCUACAAAUCCUUCAGUAACGCAAUGGUUUCAGCUGAGGUGGGACUACAUGUGGGACUAUAUGGAAUCAACAUCACACUUAGAGGUUUGCUGUGCACUGUGAUUGGCUUGUUAGUGGUGCUACUUGAUUGUCUAUGUCCUGCGAGGAUAAGGGAAGCGUUCAGUGUGGGCGUGGACACUGAGGAUGAGGAAUGCCACACCGGUGAAGGCUACCUUAACACAGGCUUUCUAGAGGGAGUGAUCUAUGAAGACAUCACCCUGAAAGGAAACAGCAAGGAACCCCAGAUCAUGACAUUAACUAGGCUUUGAGAGACUGUUUGUUUCCGCCCAUUGCCAUUACUCGAAAACUUGCAGACUGAAUUGCUGUGAGCAGAUGUACAGUAUACAGAAUUGUACUGUUCCUCUUGUACCUGCGUAUUAAUAUGUAAAUAUGUACAUAAUGCUACUUGCAAAAAAUUAAAUACAAAAUCUCAAAUGUGU